AUGAGUGGCAUAUAAAUCAAAGGCCCACAAAAUAUUUUGAGAAAAAACAAAACAGAACCUGAUAAAUUGAGUAGAUUUCAUUCCAGUGAUAUGAGAGGUACUUUGUAGAUUCUUAUUUAGGACCAUUUAAGUACGAACCUUUAUAAAACAUCUCUCACCCUAUACAACCUGAGGAUGAUGUUUCUGUGAGAGAUCCCACUUUAAGGACAGUGGAUAAAUCAAAGCUUUCGCAAUCCCUAUAUUAAAAUAACUCUAUACGAUCGAAGACUCCUAUUAGCGAGCCAGAUGAGAGUCCGUUUAUGUUGACAUUUCCAUAGAAGUAACUGGAAACCACACGAAAAAGAAGCAAAAGCAAACUAAUUACGUAUUUUAUAGAGAGGAUCAGAAAAAGAUUUAAAAUAGAUAGUAAAGCCAAAUAAUUUUAAUAUUUGUUCGAUUAAGAAACCAAUUCAAAAGAUUAUAAUUGUAAACUAUAUAAAAUUUAAAUAGAGGGACUUUGUUACCUUCCUCAUGGAUCUUACAAGUGUGGAACUUGACAUUUUAUUUAAUUUUGAAUUUGAUGAUUGUCUAUGUACCUUUGUCAACCUCUUUGAUCCUAAAGGAUUUGAAUUACGUUUUCUUGGUAUUCAAGUGUCUGGAUGUGGGAAUGCAAUUGUGCAGUUCUUUCACAGAGAAUGGACAAUUCAUUACUAAUUUCAAGUUGAUUUCAAUGAGAUACAACAAAUAAUUGUUGUUGCAUGACUCAGUAUAAUAUCCAAGUUAUUGCUUAGAUCACUAUUAUAGGAUUGACCUUCUUGAAUACCUUAUCAUCAAAUUUUAAAUUCUAUGUACUAACAGCAGUGCUUUUGAGUUUAAUCAAGCGAUUUUAUGAGAUUGAGAUACACUUGAAAUUUGAAUUCAAUUUAUUUCAUCCUAUAGUUUUGGUGAUAAAUUCAAUAAUUAAGAUGAUUCUAAUCUUCCAUGUGAUCACUUGCUAUCAAUAUGGAUUAUUCGACCAAUAUCAUGAAUAAUUUGCCUCGUACUUAUCCUCUCUUAAUGUGAUUGUAUCAAUCUAUGCUUUCAAUUCCAACUAUGUACCUGAUGAAUAGGAGGAAUUACUAUUCAAUUGUUUAAUCAAUUUUAGUGCCAUCAUUAUGUUUGCUUACUUUUUGACCCAAUUUAUGUAUUUAUUCAAGAGCAAUAGAAUAUCCGAACAACUCAGUGAAUUUCUGGCAAUAAAUAAAUUAGAUUCAAAUUUAAAAUUCAAAAUUACUAACCAUAUCUUUAAUCAACCAAAAUUCUAUCACAAUUAAUUCAUAUCCAAAUUAUCAGGGAAACUGCUCCAAGAAUUUAAUUACAUCCAGAGAUCCUAAUUACUUACUAAAUAUUUUAAAUUCUAUAAUCAACACACAAUAAACACACUCAUCAAUUAUUGUGAAGACAUGAUAUGUUAACCUAACUAAGUCAUAGUAACUGAAUCAGAACACGAUGAUUGUUCCUUGUAUUUUAUCCUGGAAGGUAAUUUUAAAGUAGUCAAUAAGAUGGGAGUUCAAUUAUAAAUAUUGGGAGUAUUUGAAAUUAUUAUUAAUAGUCAACCCAAACUUUUGGUGAAAUUUCCUUUUACACUCAAUUGCCCAGAUCUGCAACUGUAAUAAGUGAAGGCGUCUGCAGAUUGCUAAGAAUCAGAAGGGAAGUCUUCCUUAAAUUGUUAACAUUUAGUGACAAAGUACAAGUUUCGCCUAUUCAAUAAGCAAUACUUCUAUAAUCUUAAAGAUCGCAUAUUGAUUCAUAAGGACAUGCCGUGUUUAUGUUUCUGUUGCCAACAAAGUGAUCAUUUAGUGACUAAGUGUCCUUUAUUGACCUAUAGACCAGACAAGGAGAAAGUAAUAAAGACCUACAUCUACCCUAUGAAAAACCUCAGGAAAAAAUGUAAUACUCUGUUCUUCGUUUUUAGUUGACAGAAAGUUAAACCGAGAAAUUAAGGCUCUUGAUUUCUUGAAGGAUGCAGAGGCCAACCAGGAUUAUUUGUUGUAGUUGUAUUCGGAUAACCACUUUCAAUCCUCCAAUCAGUUUAGUUAAUCCAAUCUACCAUAUGAUGAUGUAUAUAUUAAAGAUUCCUAUGCUUCUGCAUAGAGUUUUAGUAGAGUAAGCAGAGAGAAAUCGUUGUUGAAGAGCACAUCAUUACUAAAGGAGAAAUCUAUAUAUGAACAACAGUAGUCUUUGAUUAAUGAUGUGUAAGAUAUAUAUGGUUUUAUCUCGAAGUUUUUUGGAAACUGCAGACAAUCAGUAUAUUGUACAUUAAGGAGAGUUGGACGAUGAUAAGUUUGUCAGCUUGGUGAGAAAAGACUAACAAAAGAAUACUUUUGCCACUGCUGGCUUUGGCAAUCUGGGACAGCAAUCAAUUAAGGAUCAAAAAUCAUUGAAUGUCAUUAUCGAAAAUGAGAGUUCAGAAAACUCUCCUUCCCUAGAGAAUGUGUUAGAAUAAAGCAAUUAACUUCAAAGAAAUAAAGAUCCCAAAUUGACCUUCAAUUACAAUUUUGAUAAUCAAAUGAGUGAAUUACAGAAUAAAUACUAAUAGUAUUAGAGGAAUGUCUCAGAAUCUAUUAAUAAUUCUGUUCUUAGACAAGAAAACAGACAAACUUCUAUCAGAUAGAACUCUUCCAGAUCCCAAACAUAUAGUCCUCUUACAUCCAACAAUAUUACUGCUAAUUCAUAUCGCUCACAAAUCAAAUAAAAUGAAAACACUCAAACUCCUUCAGGAAAACCGAGGAGAUCCUCCAAUUCCAAUUACACUGUCAGAUCCAUCUCUGGAAUCAAUAGGCAAUAUACUGAUAGUCCAGAAUUGCAAAGCAGAAAAGGAACCAAUAGGAAAAAAUCAACAAGGACUGGAACCAAAGUAUCCGUUGCGCCUUCUCAAUUCUAACCUUUUAGUGGAUUUGAUGUAAACUUUCCUAUUAAAUUAUUCAAGAAUCCUGUCCAAACUGAGUUUGGGGACAACGAUUUUGAGAAACUCUACUUAUUUGAAGUAUAUCUCCCUUAUAACAAUUAUGAUAUUGUCAUUUACAAGUAUACUCUAAUAACCAUCAUUUUAGGUUCAAUCAGUACAACAAAUAAAAAAGAUUAAAGAAACUAUCGAAAUACUUUUUAUCCUUCAAACUAGCCGUAUAAAUUUAGAGAUUGAAAGCAAAGUAAUAGUAUAUAAAUUACGAAUUAGACAAAGUAAAUAAUGA